AUGUCGACACCCCGUCCGGAGGUGCGACCAGAUCAAGAAGUAGCGGGGAAACACGAAGACGAUCCUGCCUCUUCAAGUCAAGCAGAGCCACAAGCUGCAGAGCAUGACGAUGUCACUCCAGACGGUGCUGCCCCAGCUGACAUAGAGGGCCAGCCCAGUGCCACGGAUGAGCUCCGCGAGGUACUCAAAUUGUUGAAGAGACCACCGCACAGUAAUCACACCCGAGGUCUCUGCAACGACGGCCUUGUCAGAUACAUGGUCUGGUUACCAACACCAGACGAUGAAGUAACUCGCCAAGGCGUAUACGAUGCCCAGCCGUUAUCUCCUAGGAUGAUCAAGCGGUGGCUUGACCGGAAGCCAUGGAGCCAGGCAGUCGAGGAUCGCUUCCGCGGAGUAGACGGGCGAAAUGUUCCCAAAGAACAAUGGUUAAAUCCGCCUCCGGGGGUGUUGCCGUUCCCGGGAACGCUUAAUGAGCGCAUGGCUGCGAUUGAGCAGAACCAGUUAGAACGGAAGGAACAACAGAAGGAACUCGAAGAGAAGAUUGCGCGUGGAGAGAUUGAUAAGUCUGCCCUUGAAAAGCAUUGUACAAGCUGGGACGUAAUAAGUGACUAUAAUCUUGAUCCACGCUAG